AUGCAACCAGAGAUUUGUCUUAUCAUGAUGGAAAUGAUAGGAGGAAAAGAGGCUCUCAAAUUUCGAAUAAUCUCCAAAUCAUGGUUAGCAGCAAGUCAACACUUUCGGUCAAUCAACCUACAAUACUUUAGUGAUGUUCACGAUAAUUUAUUUAAAAUUACCGAUCACAUUUUGAUGGAGCAUGUUUCUGACUUGGAAAUAUUCGAUAACAAGUUGACUGUUGUGGAAAGUUUUAGAAGAUUCGUUGAAAAUCCUCAUUUGAGAAAUUUAAAGACUCUAUAUUUGGAAUAUCAGGAAUCAAUGGAGGAAUUAUUUGAUGGUGACUUUACUGAUCCAGCAAACAGACUCGUAAAUGAGAUUGGAUUAAUAGCUAAUUGUGAAAUAUUUGCCAAGUUGGAAAAUUUGACAAUUAUCAAUCACAAGUUUACAAAUAGAGGACUUUCGGAUAUUUUCAAUAGUAAAGUUUUGAGAAAUCUCAAAACUCUGAAUUUGCAAAGUAAUAGUUUUACCAAUUUUGGUAGCGUUAGCUCUGGAACUAAUUGUUUAAUCAAUUUAACCGCAUUAAUUUUGAAAUGGGAAUUAGUAACAUUGGAAGAUAUUCAAUUAAUGUGCAAUAAUCAACUAUUCUCCAAAUUGAAAAAGCUUGUCAUUGCUCCAUUUCUUAAUUCAAUUUUGAAAAAUUGGGAUGAAGGAUUUUCAAUCAUUCUCAAUAAUCCAGUUUGGUCAAAUCUGAAAUAUUUGAAAAUUGAACUACCAAAAAUUUUGAAUUCUGUUUCCAAUAUCAAAUGUACACUCCAACUCGAAAAAUUAAUCAUAAGAGCAUCAUCAGAUUUGGAAAGUUGUAAAUCUCUCAUACUAAAUAAGAGUAUUUCACUUUCAUUGAAAUAUCUUGAUAUUGGUAAAAUUAAUUCAGCAUCAUAUGAUAACACUGCAGAUAUUAAGGAAUUGGAUGCAUUUAGACCACUGUUUGAAACAUUCAUUUUCAAGAUUUAA